GAUAGCAAGUCCUAGUCAGAGCUGCCGCUACAUCCAGGAGAAACAGCAGUAUCUGCGGUUCCCACCCUCCAAGGGGGCCUGGUGGGGGGCGGUGUCAGGGGCAUGGACACCACCCCCCAAGGGUCUCUGCUGCCGGCUCCUGUCCUCUCCACACGCUCCCCUCUAGGAGCCCAGCGGGCGCCCGGCGCGCGCGCGCGGAACUGCCCGCCGCCGCCAUGGCGCAGGAGAACGCCGCCUUCUCGCCGGGGCCCGAGGAGCCGCCGCGCCGCCGCGGCCGCCAGCGCUACGUGGAGAAGGACGGCAGGUGCAACGUGCAGCAGGGCAACGUGCGCGAGACGUACCGCUACCUGACCGACCUGUUCACCACGCUCGUGGACCUGCAGUGGCGCCUCAGCCUGCUCUUCUUCGUGCUCGCCUACGCGCUCACCUGGCUUUUCUUCGGCGCCAUCUGGUGGCUGAUCGCCUACGGCCGCGGCGACCUGGAGCACCUGGAGGACACGGCGUGGACGCCGUGCGUCAACAACCUGAAUGGCUUCGUGGCAGCCUUCCUCUUCUCCAUCGAGACGGAGACCACCAUCGGCUACGGGCACCGCGUCAUCACCGACCAGUGCCCCGAGGGCAUCGUGCUGCUGCUGCUGCAGGCCAUCCUGGGUUCCAUGGUGAACGCCUUCAUGGUGGGCUGCAUGUUCGUGAAGAUCUCGCAGCCCAACAAGCGCGCCGCCACGCUUGUCUUCUCCUCGCACGCCGUGGUGUCGUUGCGCGACGGGCGCCUCUGCCUCAUGUUCCGCGUGGGCGACCUGCGCUCCUCGCACAUCGUCGAGGCCUCCAUCCGCGCCAAGCUCAUCCGCUCGCGCCAGACGCUGGAGGGCGAGUUCAUCCCGCUGCACCAGACCGACCUCAGCGUGGGCUUCGACACGGGCGACGACCGCCUCUUCCUCGUCUCGCCGCUCGUCAUCAGCCACGAGAUCGACGCCGCCAGCCCCUUCUGGGAGGCGUCGCGCCGCGCCCUAGAGAGAGACGACUUCGAGAUCGUGGUCAUCCUCGAGGGCAUGGUGGAAGCCACGGGAAUGACAUGCCAAGCUCGGAGCUCCUACCUGGUGGACGAGGUGCUGUGGGGUCACCGCUUCACAUCAGUGCUGACCCUGGAGGACGGCUUCUAUGAAGUGGACUAUGCCAGCUUCCACGAGACCUUCGAGGUGCCCACACCCUCGUGCAGCGCCCGGGAGUUGGCCGAGGCCGCAGCCCGUCUUGAUGCUCAUCUCUACUGGUCCAUCCCCAGCCGGCUGGACGAGAAGGUGGAGGAGGAGGGGGCUGGGGAGGGGGCCGGGGAGGAGGCUGGGGCUGACAAGGAGCAGAAUGGCUGCCUGCCACCCCCAGAGAGUGAGUCCAAGGUGUGAGUGACCAGUCUCCUCCAGACCUCUGUGGCAGACCGGGGCCCAGACACAGGUGUACAGGGGAGCUGGCUGUCAGAGGUGGAGGAGGCAGGCAAGACCACUGCGAAUGUGCUGAAGUUGGAGAGGCCCCCUCAGAAGCUCGAGUGUAGGGUCCCACAUGGAAGGGAAAGGUCCUUAUUUGAGAAUAGAGGGUAAGAGAGGGAACAUAGCAGUCUGUGUUUGACCUUCGUGUCUGUUCACAGGAGGAUGGAUGGACAGAGGGAUAGACUUGUUGGGGGAUAGAAGGUGGUGGCAGACAGAGGCAGCUGACGGGUGGGACCGAAUGACAGGGCUGCCACUAACCCACAGAGGACCUUUGUGCAAGCUCCAGAAAGAUACCCUUCCCCUUCCAACAAAGCCCCGAAGCCAGGGUGCAUGCUCGGGGAACAGAGUGUGGGAGGCAGUGCAGCCCCCACUCACUUCUCCAGCCAGCCUCCCCGGGUAUGGCACACCUGUCCAACUGGACACCGUACUCCAAGCUGGGCCAGAGCAGGUAAAGCUGAAUGGUGGUGGGUACAGGUGACGAAGGUGCCCUCCCAGCUGCACCCCUCCCACUGUGCCGGUCUGAGCAGGAGGAUGAAGGACUGCAAAGGAAACUCAGCAAGGUGUCAGUGACCUUAGCCCAGAGGCAAGCAAGUAGGAAGUGGAGGGAGAUGUCAGAGCUGGGGGCCCUGGAGCAGGGCCUGGGAAGAGAUCGGCAUGGCUAUUUUCUGAGAGUGGAAUGAGAUCUUGCAGAUACCGCUGCAAGGGCAGGAAGGGAGAGAGAAGUGCUGAGGAGGAAAGGGGGCCAUGGGAGAGAUCUAGAAAGUGGGUUCGCUAGAGCCGUACCACAAGGGUCCCUGGGGAAGGCAGAGUUUGUCCUUGGGGCACCAGUGGGGGUGUUGCUGAAAUCAUUGAUCGGUACCAUGGGGAGUAGACCUUCAAAGACCUGGCUCUUAGCCCGGGGAUACUGGGCAUAUGGGAACUGUACCUGUGGCAGCUGAGCAAGGUGUGGUUCCUUCCAGCUGCGAACUGUGCAGUCUCUCAGAGCAGGGGGUGAAAGGGUUGUGUUCAUCAGAAAGCCCGGGGUUGAGUAACUCAGAGGAAAUGACGUCAACCCAGUUUGAAAAUGCCCAUGUGGGUCAGUCACCUGGACGGCAUGUUUAAACACGGAUUGCUGGGCCACACUCCCAGGGUUUCUUACUCAAUAGUUCUGGGCGGAGAUCAAAAAUAAGGCAUUUCCAACCAGCUCCCGGGUCCUGCCUGGGGGUCACCCUCUGAGAACUGCUGCUGUCACAAGAUCUUGGAGACCUUAUCAGGAGAUGGAGCACAGACGCUGAGGAUCCUGGGGCAGCCAGCAAGAGAAACAGAAAGGGUAGCAUGGAGGGGAAGGCAGAGGGGGACCUGAAACCCAGGCUGAAGGGUGUAACUUCUGGCCCAGGAGCUCAGCGGUCAGUGGGAACAGGGCAAUGACAAGCUGAGGUGGCUUUGGGGAAGACGAGAGGGCAAGAUAGGCAGGAUGAGGCUUAAGGGGAUUCCUGGGAGGUCACGGGGAGCCCGAGCAGGAGAGGCUCCAGUGGCAAAGGAAUGCGCCCCUUGAGAGACUUGGAGAAGCAGAGCUGACUGUGGAAGAAAAAGAGAGAAGGACCUGGAUGGGCUCACAGCCUGCUUUCUGCCCAGCUGGGACCAGGGGCCAUGGAGGCACACGUUCCCGCCCCAACUCCAGCCCUUCCUAGUCUCUUCCCAGCCAUGCUAGGAUGGUGAGGGGAGAGUCGUGGCAAGUGAAGAAGGGGCAGGAGCGUCCAGGGACCUGAGGCUGGCCUCCUGGAAGAGUCCUACCCACGAAGCAGGAUGUGUGAGGGGCCAGUCCCCGGCUGGGACGCCAGGGUCCCCUGGGAGCAGGGGAAGCAGUCACAGAGGCAGCCUCAGAGGACCCAAGCUGCCAUCCCCUCCUGUCAGUCUAGGCACGGUCACAGGACCACCCGAGUCACCCUCAAAGACGGGGUUUCCAAACGCUGGCAUCAGCUGUCCCCUCAAGAACAGACGGAUGUUGGGGCAGAACAUGGGAGUGAUUUUGAUUCAAUUCAGUGUAACAGGUGCAGUGCAGACAGGUGUGGGGGCUGCCCAACCCCAUACACACAGGCACACGGUGGUUAGCCCAGGCAGGGACACUGAGGCUGGGACAGGCCUCCUCCUCCCCCUGGAAGUCACCGAGACCCUGCCACAUGCCUCCUUGCCACCGUCCCCACUCAGGGCACCACCACACGGUGCACACAGUCAGGAGGCCCGGGUUCUGGUCCUGACACUGACCAUCACUUUUAGCUCUAUGAUGCUGGGCAAAGUCACAUCACUUCUCUGGACCUGAUUUCUCAUCUGUAAAAAUGACAUUUAGCAAAUCAGUAAUGCUCAAUAAAUGUCUAAAUAACUAAACCGAAA